AUGGGAGGCGUUUUCUAUCUAGGGUUUGAUCUCUCUACACAGCAAUUAAAAUGUCUAGCAAUAGACGAACACCGAUGUGUCGUUGGCGAACAAACAGUUGAAUUCGAUAAAGAUCUACCCCAAUACGAGACUGAGAAAGGGGUUUACCACAAUGGAGAUGUUGUUGACAGUCCAGUUGCACAGUGGCUAGAAGCGUUUGACCUCGUACUUCAACGGUUCGUUGAUGCUGGGCAUGAUCUAAGCAAGGUCGUGGCUAUAUCAGGUUCAUGCCAACAACAUGGUUCUGUAUAUUGGACAGAGGAAGCGUGUGAAUUAUUAGAGAACUUACAAAAUGGGAUAGGUUCAUUAAAGGAUCAAUUGGCUUCCACUGCCUUUGCUAGACCCACAGCUCCUAACUGGCAAGAUCAUAGUACAGGUAAACAGUGCCAAGAAAUGGAAGAUUCAGUUGGGGGUCCACAAGAGAUGGCUAGGAUUACUGGUUCAAGAGCACAUUUUAGAUUCACUGGUCCCCAAAUACUUAAGAUUAUUCAAGAAGAACCUGAUAUCUAUGAAAGAUCGCAUGUUAUCACUUUGGUAUCCAAUUUUGCUACAUCUUUACUCUGUGGUAAAUUUGUUCCAUUGGAAGAAGCAGAUGCUUGUGGAAUGAAUCUGUACGAUAUUCAAGAAAAGAAGUUUAGUGAACCCUUGGUUCAACUAUUAGAAAAUAAUAGACAAUAUAAAGUUGGUAAUAGUUUACUCUCUAAAUUACUAGGUGAACCUAUGAGUGCUGGAUCUCCACUUCGGGCGGGGGUCAUUUCUCAAUAUUUCGUAGAUAAAUAUGGUUUUAACAGCAAUUGUUCUGUAUUCCCUUUCACUGGUGAUAACCUAGCGACGAUUUGUUCCUUACCUCUUCGUAACAAUGAUGUUCUUAUUUCUUUGGGGACAAGUACCACAGUAUUGUUGGUGACAGAUCAGUAUCACCCUUCACCCAACUAUCAUUUAUUCAUUCAUCCAACUAUUCCUGACCAUUACAUGGGUAUGAUAUGCUACUGUAACGGUUCCCUUGCAAGAGAGCAGAUUCGCGAUCAAUUGAAUGUGGUUUGUCAUGACAAGAAACUUGGUAAUUGGUUGAGUUUCAAUGAAGCUGUUAGUGAUGAUAAUAUUGCAAACGAUAAUGAAUUGGCAAUUUAUUUCCCGUUAGGUGAGAUCGUCCCUAGUGUUCCAGCCACUUGUCAAAGAGUCCUGUUUGAGAAUGAUACAGGCGAAAUCUUGCAGGUUGUCGACAACUUUAAUGAUUUAAGACACGAUGCGAAGAAUAUUGUUGAGUCCCAAGCAUUAAGUUGUAGAGUGCGUGUUUCCCCACUGUUGACUCCACGUCCAGGGGCAUUUUACACUUCGAUCCAAAUCAAUACAAUGGUUAAAUUUGACUAUGACGAGCUACCAUUGACGGCCUAUUUUGAACGUAGACCUGCACAUGCUUAUUUUGUUGGUGGAGCCUCUAAGAACUUGGCCAUUGUGAAACGAUUCUCACAAGUUUUAGGAGCCACUGAGAGUAACUUCAGAUCGGAGAAUCCAAACUCAUGUGCAGUCGGUGGUUGUUAUAAGGCAAUGUGGUCAUAUUUGCAGCAAUCAGAAAGUCAACCUACCAAUUUUGGCAUGUUUUUGAAAGAACGAUUUCAACCGACUGAGUUGCAAUUGGUUAUCAAGGGCGAUGACAAAGCAUGGGACAAGUACAAUCGCAAGAUAGUUGCUCUAAGUCGUUUGGAACAAUCCCUGCAACAUUGA